ACAAAGAAAAAUUAAUCAAAAAAUACUCUGCGCAACUCAUAAUAGAUAAUACGGAUAAGAUAAUAAUUAUUCUUAACUUCUAAUUUAAUUUUAAUAAUUUUGUUUAUUUGGUGUUUCCUAUUUGUUUUGUUCAAAUUAGCUUUAUGUGCAAAAAUUCAAACAACCUACUAUGAAUAUUCCCAUAAAUGAUCAACAAGCAGCUGAACAAACGAUUCUCCUCAACGCCAUUCGAAAUAAAUUUGCAAACAAUGAAAACCAUUCAGGAACUAGUCCACCAGUAUUCAGUAUACCAAGUCUUAAGCUUCCCCAAUUCUCACCCACGUCCAAUGCCUUGGAAAAUGCUAAUAAAGCUCCUGCAUCGAAAUUAAAUCAAUUUAUUCUGUCUAAGUUGGGAGAGAAUAAUGCUCAGACGAAUGUCACUGCGGGGUCCUUUAAAAUUCCUGACUUGAAAAUCGAAAGCGACUUUGUACCUCAAUCAUUUUCGUUGGGGAGAAAGCCAUCUCUAGAUCAAACAAAUUCAAAUUUAAGUGAAAGUAAUAUUAAUUCUCUUAACAAAGGCAUCAGUAAUUUGCGCGUGUGUGAAGAACAGAAAAACCACGUCAUUGAUCUCACUACAGCUCUGAAUCAAAGCACAACACUGACUGCAUCACCAGCCAAACAAAUGACAACGAAACCUAAUGCACCAAAUGCUAUAGAUUUCCAAAUUCCAUUUAUCGACUGUGAUCUCAAAGAGGCCAGUGAGCGGCUGCCAUUGAGAGAUGAAUAUUGCGUUACAGAUGUUUCGAAUUUUGCACAUCGACGUUUUAUUUGUGCUCCCUCAAGGUUUGGCAAAAUCACUUGCCUAAAAUAUAGACUCCCGAAGCGGUCAAUUUUAGUUGAUCAUAGCUUCGCACAGAAGAAUAAAAUAAAGCGAUUUAUUUUCGAUACGAAGUCCCCCGAUGACACCGUUCUGUCCCUGAGAAGGUUCAACAGAGUCUGAUGAAAUGAUGACAAUUGCAACAGAUGCACCGAGCAGGGCUGUUGCAGAUCCGUCAGUUAGUUUUACUAGAAAAUGCCUCAGCAUGAGGAGAUUUUACUUUUACAUUUCUAAUUUAAACAAUAAAUUAAUGUUUGCAGUAAAUAAUUAUUUAUUUGACAGUGUGA